UGAGGGUUUUUCUUUUGCUACUCUUUAAGUAUUCACCAGAAAAAGAGACAUCCGCUGGGUCAUCUCGUGUUGUUGGACGCGGAAGAACCAUGGCCUUGCGGCGCAGGAGCCCGCUGCUGGCAGCCAUUCCUCUGUGGAUGGCUUUGGGUCGAGCCGACGCUCUUGCUGAACCCGAGAUCUGCUACGUGCUGGAUGGCAUCCUGCUGUUGUACGGCAUCAUCCUGACCGCCCUCUACUGCAGACUCAAGAUCCGCAGUGCUAAGAAGUCUGCAGAGAGGAAGGAGAAGCAGACUGCAGAAGAAGGUGUCUACACGGGUUUGACACCUCAUGCCCAGGACACAUACGCCACAAUUGGCAUGAAGCAAUGACCGGGAAAGAAAACAGAAUUUAUGGUCUUAUUUUUUACAUUUACAUAAUCAUUAACGGCUUGCUUUUGGGAAGGAAGGAG